AUGCGUACAUUUUGUUUAGCCGAUUUCGCCGUGACAACUGUCAAUCUGUCAUUUUCUCGAAAUCGACAUAAAGAUAUUUUUCUUUAAUUCAACAAGAAAAUAUUAAAUAAAAUGUUACGAUCAGGAUUAACAUUUGUUCAAAAAGCAGCUGGCAAUCUAAAAUUAUCAACCCUAACUCGACCGCUCUACGUAACCCCAAAACAACACUUUUCAACUGAAACUGCCCAGAAUUCUGAUGAUCCCAUAGACAUCCCAAAUCCCUUUGAAAAAGAAAAACAAAAGUGUAUCCUGUGCCAGCAUGACAUAACUCCCAACUAUAAAAAUGUCAAGUUACUGUCCCAGUUCCAAAGUCCUUAUACAGGUCGAAUCUAUGGCAGGCACAUCACCGGAUUGUGCAAUGCCAAGCAGGAACAAGUUGAAAAGGCUAUAAUUCACGCCCAGAACUGUGCAAUGAUGCCAUACUAUCACAAGGAUCUAGAUUUCCUAAAAGACCCAAAGCUCUUCGAUCCCGAAAGACCAGUCAGGCCACAUAAAUACUAAACACUUCAAAAAUAAACAAAUUAUAUAUUUCUUAAAUAAAUAAAUAAAUACGAA